UUUCAUGUUAUGCACGCACGGUCACACAGUUCGCACGUUUUGUACUAAAAACAAAUGAAGCAAAAGUCAAAAUCAAAAUCCAAAUCGUUGCCCAUUGAAGUGGAAAGCAAUGAGGAGAUGGCAGUGGACACGAGCGAGCUAACUGACGGCAAAUCUGAAGAGAUUGUGGAACCAGUUACCCCUGCACCCAACACAGAAGACGAUGAGGACGACGACGACGAAAUGGAUUUGGCCAAUUUCAAUGCCGGCGCUAAACCAACCGCCAAAACGAAGAAACGCAAGAAGGGAAUCAUUUAUGUGUCAAAUAUACCAAAGCAUAUGAAUGUGACACGUCUCCGUGAAAUACUUGGUGAAUUCGGCAAGAUCGGGCGUGUAUAUUUGCAGCCGGAAAAGAAACCAGGUGGCGAUAAGGCGAAAAAGAACAAGCGUAAGAAAUACAACAUUCAUUUCACUGAAGGUUGGGUGGAGUUUGAGUCAAAACGUGUGGCCAAGCAGAUUGUUCCGCUACUAAACAACAAGCAAAUCUCGUCUCGGAAAAAGUCGCAGUUCUUCGACUCGCUGUGGAGCAUGAAAUAUUUGCCUCGUUUUAAGUGGGUGCACCUGACCGAACGGAUGAACUACGAGCAGGCCGUCCAUAAGCAACGUCUGCAGACGGAGGUUUCGCAGGCUCGCAAGGAGACGACCUUCUUCCAGAACAAUCUGGACAAAAGCGAGCAUAUCAAGAAGUUAGCAAAGAAAGCAAAAAAGUCGGCUAAGGUCCCUGAGGGGAAGGUGUAGUAACAGAACUUUUAAGAAAACAUUUUUUUUUAUUAUAAAUAAAUAUAAGUUGGCGCUAAGUGCGCUUGUAAUUUACAUGUAAAAGUGCUCUUAACGCGUUUGAUUAACUCACUUUUGCGUUUGUCCCUCAUUUGGCGCAUGCGUUUUGUUACCUUAACGUUAAAUAAGCCGUAAUUGUUUAAAAAGUUUCCUGCCAUUAAAGCCAA